ACACAAUACCCACCCAUGCAUAGCUCUUUUGUGAAAAACAUUACCCGCCCAUGCAUAGCUCUUUUUGUGAAAAACAUUACUUAAUUUAGUUCUCUUGGACAACUUUUGACACAUUGCAUUAUGGCCGAGUUGGUAAGCUUAGAUGGUAUAAAGAAGGCAUGUGAUGUCUUAUAUAGCAAUCCUGACAUAAUUCAGACACCUCUUCUGUGCCAUGUGCAAAAUAUGUUUCCUAAAAUCGACCAAGACGUAGAUUUAUAUCUCAAACUGGAAAAUAUGCAAACGACAGGAUCAUUCAAAAUUCGUGGAGUUACAAAUCAGAUGGAACAUUUACCACCGGAAGUCCGUGACGGAAGUGGUGAGGCAGUGACGUUUUCGGCGGGAAACUAUGGCAAAGCCUUUGCAUAUUGUAUGAGUAAAAAAGGACUCAAAGGGUUGGUUUUGAUGCCCCAUACAGCACCAGACGACCGAGUUGAUAUGAUAAAUAGCUUUGGUUUAGAGGCACGAAAAGUACCAUCGCACGAAAUUUACGAGCACGUAAAGAAGUGCGUUGCAGAUGGGUAUAUAUUGUUACAUUCAUUUGAUGACGUCAAUCUUGUAACCGGAUAUGGAAGUAUAGCUAUGGAGAUUCUAAAGGUUGUACCUGACCCGGAUGUUGUAGCUGUAUGUUGUGGUGGCGGCGGCCUCGUUGCUGGUGUGGCUGCAGGUUUAAAACUCUCAGGAUGCAAAGAUUGUAGAGUGUAUGCCGUCGAACCAACAGGAGCUCCAACAUUGUAUGAAAGUUUCAAAGCCGGACAUGCUGUGACAAUACCUGGUGUAAAAUCAGUGGCGACGGGUCUUAUGCCCCCUUGUGCCGGGGAGAUACCGUAUAAGAUAUGCAAACAGUAUUUAGAGGAGGUAUUGCUUGUAUCCGACGAAGAAAUGGUAGAAAGCAUGAAGAUUCUGUACGACCGAGGUCUGAAAGUGGAACCAGCCGGUUCAGCAGCAUUUACUGCGCUUGCGCAAGGACGCAUUAAGGAUGUAAAAGGGAAGAAAGUGGUAAUUGUUGUCACAGGAGGCAAUAUUACACCACCAGAACUUGCUAAACUCAUUGGGUGAUGUUUGUGUUUUAUGUCUAGUCUUAAAAUAAAGUAUUCAAAAAGUUUUCCAAG